AUGGCAUCACCUAUUCACCCUGCAACCACAGUCUCUAACAUCAAAACACUUAUUCCUGUUACCCUAGAUAUCGAAUCUGGCCACUAUACAACAUGGUCAGAACUCUUCAAAAUUCAUUGCAAGGCGUACCAGGUGUUCGAUCAUCUUAAACCUAGACCCACUGCCUCCUCAUCAGAUAAAGACAGAGAAACAGCCUCAUCUGAAUCCUGGGAACGGCUGGAUUCAAUCGUUCUACAGUGGAUUUACGGGACUAUCUCUACCGACCUGCUUCACACUAUACUCAAACCUGACACCAAUGCUUAUGAUGCAUGGUCUGCCCUCGCCAAUCUUUUUCAGGACAACAAGGCUACCCGAACAAUUGAUUUUAACAACAAAUUUGCUACAACAAGACUUGAUCAGUUCCCCACUAUGUCUGCUUAUUGUCAAGCAAUGAAGGUUAUCUAUGACCAGCUGCAGAAUGUCGGUUCACCAAUCACAGACGAGCAGCUUGUUCUCCAACUUCUCACGGGUCUCACUGAGCAGUAUGAAGGUAUCGCUAUGAUUAUUCAACAAACUAAACCAUUACCAGAUUUUUAUGAUGCUAGAUCUCGUUUGUGA